CGUGAACGCUCGCUCGUUAAAGUUGAUGUUUGGUGAGGAUUACUGCGCGCAAGGCUGCGAUGGCUGAGUGAGCGCAUGCGGGCGGCUCAGGUGAACACACAGCGGCAGUAGGAGUCCGAGCAGCCGGCCGAGCCAUGGAGGUAACUUUUGUAUUAUCCGCGAUCAUCUUCACGCUUCUCGCCAUUGUGGUCGCGACGUCGCUGCUGAACGGAUCCUCGCCCGCAGCCGACUUCGCAAACGCUCGGAGUUACUUCGGACACCGAGGAGACGCGGGAGGAUUAGGGCCGAGGCAGAACGGACACGUACCGGACAAGAAGAAGAAGAAGAAGGAGGCGGCGGAGGUGGACGACUGGAGCGAGAUCAGCGGGAGCUCACACGAUCACUGGGAUGUAGUGAAAUCUGUGCUGUCAGAGGAGGCACACCCCCACCUCCACACCGAGGAGCUGGCAGCACCAGUGGAGCUGUCCUCCACCUCCAGCCUCCCCGGGCCUGCAUCUAGAGACAUGAGCUUAGAGGUAGACUCGUCCUCAGAGGCCUCGUCGGGCAGAGGUCCCAGGUCCUUCAUCGGGCUCUCUGACACGGAGCUCCUAAAGUGUGCUUUCUCUUACCCCCAGACCGAAGGAGCCACAGAGAGCCCAGACGUCAACGACGUGGCGGACUCAAAUGACUCCUUGAAGUACGUCCCGGGGAAGGCGAGAUCCCACCAUUUGGAGAUGAUGAUGUCCAAAGAGGAGCUGGAGGAGGAGCAGAGGGUGCAACGUGAGCAGCUGGCCGCCAUCUUCCAGCUGCUGAAGGACAACAAGGAGACGUUCGGGGACGUUUCCGAGGGAGACAUGGAGGAGCAGCUCCGGCUUUACUCCAUCUGAGCCUCCCGUCGGACUCCAACAAGGCUCUUUUUUUUUUUUUUUUAAACCCAUGAAGGACUUCUCAGUACACCAAAUACUUAAAUCCACUCAUCUGCAGUAUUCACCACAGCUGUACAGUUACGACAACCGCUCUGUUUUAAUAUUGUUUUCUUUGCUGCACCAUCAGCAGGUGAUAAAGGCCUAAAACAAAAAAAAGGGAUAAAUGAAUGCUGUUUCUGUUAGUUUCCUGUUUUUAUUAGUUAAUUUAUGACCAAAUCUUUUUUUUUAAAGUAUCCUAAUUAAGUAUAUAUAAGAGGUAUAAAUCCUGCAAAGUUCUUUCUGCAUAUCCUCCUCUUUGUUGUGUAAUAAACCAGAUUAUUGUGAAGCCU